GACAAACUCUUUCUGUCUCUCACCGUCUGACCGACAACAUCGACCGACAUGGACAAAGCCGACAACCUGCUUCAUCCCAGCGUGGCGGCCGCUCUGAUAAAGCUCGAUCCGGAGGACGGCGAGCAGAUCCUGGAGUAUUUCAAAACUCACGCCCUGCUGACGAGAGAGAAAGCACUGCUGCAGGCGUCUGUCAGAGAUCAGAAGAAGCUGCUGGUUGAAAACGGCAAACUGAAGAAAGACAUCGAGCAGCUGAGAGCUCAGCUGCAGGAAAAACAGCGGAGACGCACCGCGAAGGCGCUGCUCUCUCCGGCCCACCCUCCUCCAACGGUAAGCCCCGCCCCCAGCACACCUGUCGAUCAGCCUCCCUCACCUGCAGGAGCAACAGCUGCUGCUCCUUCAAACCCUCCUCCCACCUCCUCACAUGACCGCAGGGAGAGACAGAGCAGGAGAGAGAGGCGAGGGGAGAGGAAAGCUCGUCCCGCCUCCGACUCGUUCUCCUUGGAGGUGGAGCCUUGCGUCGACGUGUCACGGCUGGAGCUGCGGGUUGGACGGAUCCUCAGCAUCCGCCGCCACCCGCUGGCCGAGGCGAUGUCCGUCCAGGAGGUGGACAUAGGAGAGCACGCCCCCCGAACGGUCGUCAGCAAGCUGGGAACAAAAACACACCUGGAGGAGCUCUGGGGCAGUCUGGCCGUAUUGUUAUGCAACGUUAAGGCCUGUAAGCUGAGGGGCGUGGUCUCUCAGGCCCGCCUCCUCUGUUGCGCCACCUCUGAGGACUUUGCUGAGCUGCUGACUCCGCCCACAGGCUCCACCCCCGGAGACCGAGUCACCUUCCUCAACUACCCAGGUGAGCCGGACCGGGAGCUGCAGUCCAAGCAGAGGGUCUGGGAGCUCGUUCAGCCCGACCUGCAGGUCGACUCGAGGGGCGUGGCCAACUAUAAAGGAUGCGGGUUUGAGGUGAAGGGGAAGGGGCUCUGCAGGGCCCCCUCCAUCACCAACUGUGGCAUCAGAUAGACGCAGCAAGGGGCCACAACAUGCUAAAGACCUGAUGUGCUCCGGAGUGCUUUUAUUUUGAAAUUCCUGCACAAAAUUGAUUUCAUAAUUGCUGUUGUUUAUUGAUUAAACAUUUUAAACCACA